GUGGACGGCAUUUCUCCGGUGUUCUUGCCUACGUUCGCGGCGUCUCAGCGAUCACGUCAACGCAUCAGAGAAAUAAGCUUACGAAGGGCAAGUGUAAGCUUUUGGUGACGAUCCACGACGUCUAUAAAACGGGACUCGAAUCAUCUCUCGGAGAAUUGCCCUUUCCAAACUUCACAUUCUCCACAUCUUCCGAUAGCAGGUCCCUGCUUUGCACCACGACGACUCCAUCAUGUCUGCACAGCCUCGUUACGUCUCGCAGCUGAAGGGCCAAAAGGCGGUCAUCAUCGGCGGAUCCUCGGGUCUAGGCUUCGCAGUGGCUUCUGCUCUCAUCGAAGAGGGAGCGAGCGUAGUCAUCUCUAGCAGCAAUCAAUCCAAGUUAGACGACGCCGUCAAGCGCCUCAACGACCCCAAGCUGCAGUAUAAUGCGGACCCCAGCAGGGUCUCUGCAAAAGCCUGCAAUCUGCUAGGAGAGGGUAUGGAGGAGUCGCUCGCCAAUCUGUUCUCUUCCGUGGGUGAAUUUGACCACCUAAUACACACCGCUGGAGAUCCACUGGCCAUAUCACCGCUGGAGCAAGCAAGCUACCACCAGAUCCUCAAGGCGGGCGAAGUGCGUUUCUUCAGUGCAAUCCUGGCCGCCAAGACUGCUCAGCCGCAUCUUCGCAAAGGCGGCUCCAUCACCCUCACCACCGGUUCCAUCUCCGUCAGCCCUCGACCCGAUUGGGCCAUCAUCAGUGGAUUUGCGGGUGGUCUGAUAAGCCUGGGCAGACAAUUGGCCUACGAUCUUUCGAAGUACGAUUUGAGAGUCAAUGUGGUCAGCCCAGGAGGAGUGGAGACGGAAUUGUGGAGCGGCAUGCCGCAAGACAAGAGGCAAAAGACUUUCGAGGCCAUGAGUCAAAGGGCUUUGACGGGCAAGAUCGCUCAGCCUUAUGAGGUCGCUCAGACUUACAUUGGCCUGCUCAAGGACACCAACAUCACCGCUCAGACGAUUUACACUGACUCUGGCGCCCUAUACGGUCCUCGCCCGUGAAGCUUGGAAGGUGCACUGGGAAGAUGGUAGUAUCAGAAAUGACCCGCAUCAUUGGAUCAAGAUUUACGUAAUGGACACUUGUACACGAUUAGAUGCCACAAUUCUGCG